AUUUAUACCAGUAUAAACUACUUCAAAUAAAAUUAAAAUGAGUAAAAUAGAUAAAUUAUUUUACACCAUUAAAUUAAUAUUUAUAUUCAACGUUUUAAAUUAUUAUCAAAUCUCAGGCACUGAUGAAGGCAACUGUCCAAACGGUUGGUUGUAUUUUUCAAACGGAAAAUGUUAUAAACAUCUAAAGACUGUCGGUUUAGUCACAGAACAUGAGGCCAAGGAUUUAUGUGCUAAAGAGAGUACCAGUGCUCAGUUGAUUACGAUUCACGAUAAGGAAACUCAAGAGUUUGUUUUUAAUAAAGUGUUUACCGAUAUUAUCGGUAACGCAUGGAUUGGAUUAGAGUUUAGAGAUAAUAGGUUUCAAUGGGCAGACAACUCUCCUAUGGAUUUCCAUCAUUGGGACGAUAUGGCUAUCAUUGAUGGUAGUCUUAAAUGUGUGACAAUUGAGUUAAAUCAGUCAACGGGUGGCGACUGGAAUACUACCGAUUGUUCGGCUAAAGGACUGGUCGGUUGCCAAACAAUAACUCAUUCCUAUAAUGAUUUAUACAAAAUGAUUAUAGAUUUGACAAAAGUAGUGAACCAACAAAUCAUAACAAUUAAUAUACUAAUAACUAAUACAAGUGAACAACAAAAGGUUAUCGACAAACAAAAACUAGAUCUCAAAGAAUUAGAGAUUUCAAUGACUGAACAGAAAUCCACGACUAAGUCAUUACAAACUGAAAUCAUUAAUCAAAAGACAGAAAUACAAGGAAUCGUCGGAAACUAUUCUAAACAUCAAUCAGAUGUCAAUCAACUCAAGAGUCAAGUGACCAAACAGGACACUAGUAUUAAGAAACUACAGACGGAUUUCAGUUCACAAACAAUUGAUAUAAAGACAUUGAAAACAGAUUUUUUAAAAGACGAGUCGCAACUUAAAGAUUUGUUGACUAACUAUACUAAUCUCGACAAAGAUUAUAAGUUACUUAAUAAGAAAGUAGAUUCAAUUCAAACGGGAGGCAUACCUAUCGGGUUUAUAUACAUACAGUUACCCAAUCAACACGAACCCAGUAGUUUGUUUAGUAAUACCAAAUGGCAAGAAGUGAGCAGUCAAUAUGCGGGUCUAUUUUUCCGGGUAUUGGGAGGUAACUCAGGUAAAUGGCAAGUAAACCAAGAUUUCAAUACACCGGGUAUUACUAAGGUUAAUGCAGUGGGACUGUCAGGUCUUAAAAACAUCAGUAAACAUGACCCCAGUGUUGUCUAUAUCAAUCGUGGUUGGUCUGAACAGUUGGUAUCGGGUGAUACCAUCUCUCAACUUCAGUUUUAUUUAUCGGAUGAUGAAAAUAGACCACAAAAUACAGCCAUUAAAAUAUGGAAACGUAUAGAAAAUUAGUUAUAUUAUGU